AUGGAGGAGGAGGAUUCGGUAGCCAUUCGCGACAAAAUGGCCGAGUACUCCAAGUUCCUCGAGGACAUUUUGAAACCAGAAUGGGAGGAUGCCAAAUACCGCUUGGAUUUGGUCCGCACUCAGAUUCAUGAAUAUAGAGAGCUCCAGCAAACACUAAUUAAGCAACAAAAGGACUUAACUGCUACGAUAAUGGCAGGCAAAGAACCUGCAGCAGAAGAGAAAAUGAUUGAAGCCGAUGUGGAUUUGGGAAUGAAUAAGACAGUGUAUUGCCGUGCUGUGGCUCCGGCGAGUGACAUUCUCGAAAAGAUCUUUGUUCAUGUGGGAAUGAACUAUCAUGUAGAAUUUCGAAUUGACGAGGCACUUAUCUUUGUAUCAAAGCGAAUCAAGUAUUUGGAGGACAAUCCGCUGGCAGCCAAGCAGGCCAAGUUUGACGAAGUGGAUCACCAUUUGCAGUCGGCGGAAGUAAUCUUUAAGCAACUCUCGACCGAAAUUCAAAGGGGUUUUUAA